AUGUGGAUAGAUUACAUCAUGAAAGGAUCUAAGGAUGACAAAUCGAAGUAUCUGUGUAAAUGCAAACUGGAUGCUUGCUGGGGCCUGAAGUUUGAAUAUUUCUUGGACCGUCAUCAUCCAUCUCACAGCACAAUAACUACAGGAAUGGACUUUACUCGAAAAAUUAAGGCAGGAAUUAAGAAUGGCUUUUUCCCAACAAGUGCAGAAUUAGCUUUUGUGGAAAGCGCAAUGAUGGAAUUGGAGCAGAUAGCAAAAAGGGACCCCUCCCCGUUUGUCCCGAUCCACUUUCUCAAGAGCAUCUUGCCAUCCCUCUUUUGUUGCCUUGAAAUACCAGAAAAUAUCUUUUCUGUGCUUGUCGUUUGCCGAACUGGUGACCAUAAAGAGCAAUGGAUUAGGCCAUCUUUCUGUUUCCUUUUUGGUUGA